UGAGGGUUGACAAAGGAAGAGGGGUGUCUCCACAGAGACCGAGUCAAGCCGCUUGAGUCACACAGUUUUCUCAGGAAAACCAGUGAGAAGCUCAGCCUUUCAGUCCACGCUUUGGAUGCAAAUGGAAGCAACAUGAGUGGAGGCCAAGAGGACCGAGCACUGACGGACCACAGCCUCCAUCUGAACGGGACUGCAGCUCUGGGACUGCAGGAUGAAGAGAUUGACGCGGCUCUGUAUGAGUUCAAAGUGUUUAACAUCGUCAUCACUGCCCUGGCCUUGUGCAUCCUCACUAUCACCGGCCUGUACUACAUCGCUGCCUGCUACAAUCGCACAAGGCAGUCAAAGAGAGCUCAUGUAUACGAGAGCGCAGUGACCCGAGGCGAGCCAAGAGACCCAGUGGCGGUCAGAGCGGUGAAGAGGUCAACCAGCUUCCUCAACCCUCUCGCCUUCUUCAGGAAAACAGAGGCAGCAAAGGACAACUCCAAGAUCUAUUAUAUCUACAGCAACCCACUGCCUGUAGGACUGAAGGAGGAGGAGGAGGAGGGGGGCAGUAAAGCCAGCCGGGAGGCAGAGGAGCAAACUGUGCUGCCUCCGCCUCUGUCGUUUCAAGAGUACGCCGACAACCCCAACAGUGGCGUCAUCCUGGACCCUCCCAUAUUUUACAUGCAGCUUUAGAGGACAGGAGGGAGAAGAUGUAAUAAAAUUAGAGCAUAGAGUCAGAAAAGUUCGACCCCUAGACGUGUUUAUCAAAAGCUGUCAUCAUAUACAGGCCUUUAAAUGGCAUUCCAGCAACUUCACAACUUAAAUCCAGCUGACUUGUCAUGAGGACCAUUACUUAGUAAUACAAGCUGUAAAAAGUCAUGCACAGCUCUGGAGGAGUCUGAGAAAUUAAUCUUGAUUAUGUCACAGCAAAUUGAUAAGGGUUACCUUAGCAUAGCCCUAAACACAGAAUCUAUAAUAAAAGCCUACUAUAUAAACUGGAGGAAUUAAGUUUUAAUGAUGCGGGCAACCAUCGUGCAAGUAAUGAAAGAUGCUAUUACAUUGCAUUGUGGGAAAUCCAGUGUUUUUAAAGUUUGACCAGAUCUGGGGACAUCAGGAUAUGUUGGCUGCGACUAUUACUGCUUUGACUCUUUUUGUUUUAAUUUCCCAUCUUAAAUCACUUAAGUACCCUUUUCAUAACAAAUAACUUCAGUUUAUGCAUGUAAAAUAAGUGCAAGUAAAUAGAAAGCAUGUGUUGAAGAGCAAACAAAAAUGUGCACUUGACUUGAGCAUGCAGCUGCAUUUUUUUCAUCUUUGAGAAAAUACGUGUCUUCAUAUCAUUGGCUAGAAGCACAGCAUGGUUUAAAAGCUCUGCCAGCAGGCUCAGAGAGCAGUGUAAUUUUAAUGUAUUUUUCUGACAAUAUAAAUGAACUUAAUUUGAAAGAUGCUUAAAUCAAAUACAGGAUCAAUAUAAUUAUGUAUAAUGAAGCUAAAUAAGUUGAUAUGUUUACAUAUAGGAUGGCAGCAUGCAAAGGGUUAGGGAUGGACAGUAAGUUACACAUAUCAUUUCUACUGUUAUCGUUAGAAAAGAGUUAAAUUUACGCAACUGUGCACAAAGCAUUUUUUUUGAGCUGUUGAAUUGGUGACAAAUUCUUGAUGAUGGAGUUAAUGUACAUCCUGGGUUUCUUCAGGGCAUUAGAUUAGAUUAGAACACAUGACCAGUACAGUGCUUUGACCAGUGUCAAUAAAAGACCACUUUUAAAUGCAGUUUUAUGUCCCACAAAGUCUGCCAAAAAUACUGUGUAUAGCUCUACCCAUUAUUCAUUUCAUUACAGUGCAUACUUAGUUAUUUCCUGAUAUCCAUUCUGUUUUAGAGAUGUUGUGUAUUAGAACAAGUCCUUAUUCCUCUAUGCUCAAAAGAACAGAACACCAUACUACUUGCAACAUUUAUAGUAUAUAUACUGUUUGCUGCAAUUCUCAGUUUAAAUUUUUGCUUUCCACCUCUAAAGACCUGUAAGAUUUGCAAAGCCCUUAAAAACCUCACUUUAACCUGCAGGCUCUCCAAACUCAACGUAAUUAUGCAGUUCUUUAAAAGCCGAUUUUUGAAACAAAACAGUAAGGAUUUGAAAGUGUUUCUUGAUUUUUAAUGAUCAUUCAUAAAACUGCUGAUGGUGCUUUACAAAAGAAGCUGAGUGUGAGACACAGAGAGAGAUGAGAAAAAUACAAACGAUUAUCACUGCAGAGCAAUCAAAAAGCCCUCCUGGUCAGAACGAUUGGCUUGUACAAGAGUCAGUCCUCAGAUGAUCGGCUGGGUCUCUCUGAUCAGCCACUCCAAAGCCUCCUUCCUGCCCUGCCGCUCCAGCUCUGCUCCCACCACCUCCCGACACUUCCUGUGGUACUCAUUCACCCAGUCGAGCUGCAGGACACAGAGGAGAGGGUCAAAAACUGCCAAACCAUGAAGCGGCUGUGUGUAGACAGUACAUAAUGCAACACAGAAACUGGGAAUAUUAUCAAACAUACAAAUGCAUGAUUUUAACAUAGGACACCACCAAUAGGACUGUUAAUAAGUAGAUUAAAUGUGAUGCGUUGCUGUACUUUAAGUGCUUAUAACAUUAACAAUAAAAAUCAUUUGAGAUGAGUGAAACAUUU